GCCAAUUCGUAAUAAAUUAUUGUCACCCACAAUUCUCAUCGUCAUGUGUAGCCAACCUUGACAUGUCGUCAUGUUCCCCUCCAAUCCUCUGUAAAACUUCCAUCAAAUAGGUUCAUACCUUUGAUCGCCAACUUCACACCCAGAAUCUAAACCAGGCGGCAGGCAAGAUGGUCAAGGUUACUACGAAAAUAAAACAAGGUUCAGUACUGAAAAAACCGGCAAGAGCGCCCCCGAUGCCUGACGGUGUGGAGCCUGUUCUGGACUUGGAAAUUGGGGCCUCCGAUACUUCAACACAGAAUUGCUGCUUCUACAGUGUUCCCAAGACACUCGUCGAGCUCUACGGCACAAGAUGUUUCAAGCCCCGCGCUGUCUCCAUCGGGCACUACAACUGCAAGAAAUUCAAGUACGCGGAAAAUGAACCCCUCCUUGUGAUAAAAAAGGACAAGCAGCAGUUCUGUAACAUUCUACUUUCCCACGCCCGAAAAAGCAUGGAAAAUUUGACGGACAUCAUACGCCCAGAAGUUGAAAAUAUCGAGUUCAAGUCCAAGAAGGACGAUCUGUUCCUCGCAAUGCUGGUUCUUGAUGGUUGUUUUAUAUUAGAAUUGUUUCGAAUACUUGGAAAAUCGAAAAAGAUUGAGUCUAAUCACCCUCUCGCCUCCGUGGAGGUAUGGGCAAUACCACGCUUCUACAGGGAUCUUCUUCUGCUUGAGAAUCAGAUCCCCUUUGUUGUUCUAAAAAAGUUAUUUGAAACUUCCAAAAUGCCUGAUGAGGACUAUCCUUUGUCGUUGCUUGCUUUGAGAUUCUUUAACAAGGUAAUGCCAAGAUCCGAAGAAGAACUCAGAAAGAUGAGCGUGCAUCUCAAUGAGAGCAGCUUGCAUUUGCUGGACUUGGUUCGGCGAAGUUUUAUCACCCCCGAUCUAGGUCAGCCCCCAACGGGGAGAAACUCAGAAACACUACCGGGGAUACACUACAUCACGAAGCUCGUCAAAGCAGGGAUUAAGAUAAAACUGCGUGAGGCGGCUGACAGCUUCUUGGCUGUGACAUUCAAGAACGGAGUGAUUGAGAUGCCCAAAAUAACCGUCAACUACUUCAUGCACUCUUUCGUGGUGAACUGUCGGGCAUUCGAGCAGUUGGACAACAGAAGCUCCAAGCACAUCACAACUUACGCCUAUUUCUUGGACUGCUUAGUAAACACAGCCAAGGACGUCGAGUACCUUUACGAAUGCAACAUCUUUGACAAUUAUGAUAUGGAUAACAGCGUGGUCGUGCAAUUCAUCAACAGCUUUGGGAAGGAGAUGGUUGUUGAAACCGAUCAGUUUUAUUUAUACAACUUUUUUGAGAACGUAAACCGUCGUUAUAAUGACAAGUGGAAAGUGCAAUGGGCGGGGUUCAAGCUUAUGUACUUUAAUACGCCAUGGUCAUUCAUUUCGUUAUUGGCAGCCGGUGUGCUCUUAGUAUUAACCUUUUUGCAGACCUACUACACCAUCUACGCUUAUAUGAAUCCUAAAUAAUGGGCUGAAUUUCUCCUACUCGAUCCGUCUGUUACGUCUUGCAGUGCAUGUCUUCCAUGACCAGCUACAAAGGUGCCGUAUGGGGAAGCUACAUCAUGCUCAAGUUAUAUGCGGUCUGUUUGAUUAGCAGAUAAGUUAGUUAGCUGUUUAGCUGUUUGUUCAUCAUGCUACAAAUCUUCUAGUGUGCUUGUUUUACUUUUACAUCUUGUCGCUUGUUUGUUUCAAGGACUAUUAAUGUGUAAUCUCUUUCAGCUGGCACUCGUAAUCAGCGUAGAAGUACGUGUGUUUGUGUUUCAAGGACUAUUAAUGUGUUAUCAUCUCUUUCGGCUGGCA